ACGAAUGCGAGACCCUGAAUAUCACUUUAUCCUCCAAUCUCACAUCCAUCUCCACCACCUCGCAACUAUCCGACAAGCGACAGGCGAAGACUCGCAUCCUCUCCUUGCUCCUCACCGCGACCGCUGGCUCUUGCUCUCCCAUCGUCUCCGCCAUGGCCGUGCAAUCCAAGCCGCUUGCUCCACCGGGAGGCCUCGCCCACUGGCUUACAACCCACCCAGCCGGCAAGCCUAGCAUCCUCGGCCUGAUCCUCUUCCUUUUCUUCGCUCGUAAACGUCUAGCCUCCCUUGCGCCAAAGGCAGUUCAGCGUAGACCGGCCCUCAGUGAUGCAGAGAUGGAUCAUGCGCUGGAGGAGGUGUAUGUCCCCGGCCAAGGAGAGUCGAAGGGGUCGUACGAGCUGCUCGUCCCGCAUAGAGGGAGAAUCUCGAGGGUGAGGGUCAACCCGACGAAGCAGAGCACAUUCGACGCCCACUUCAGAGACUUUGAGAAGCUGCCGCCGCUCGCUGUUGGUGGUGGUGGCGGGUCGAAGAAGAAGAAGCGAGACGGGAGCGCCGACAGUAGCACUAAUGGCGGUAAGGGCAGAGGGACCAAAGAGGACGCCGUCGAGCGCAAGAGGCAAGAAGUCGAGGCGGUACGAGCUCAAGGGGGUGCGGCUGCUGCGAGCGCCAAAAGGGUGGGCGUAAACAAGGAGUUCUUCAGGCAGCUGAGAGCCCUCUUCAAAAUCAUGGUGCCGAGAAGCAACGCCAAGGAGGUAUUCAUCUUCUGCUUGCAUACCUCGUUCCUCAUCUUGAGGACGUACUUGAGCGUCCUCGUCGCUCGCCUGGACGGUCGCCUAGUCCGUGACCUCGUCUCAGCAAAUGGCAAAGGCUUCCUUCGCGGCCUCGGCCUCUGGUUCCUUCUGGCCGUACCCUCAACCUACACCAACUCGAUGAUCCGCUACCUCCAGACCAAGCUGGCGAUCUCCUUCCGCACACGCAUGAUGCGAUACGUCCACGACUUGUACCUCAACGAUGGCCGUAACUUCUACAAGGUCAUGAAUCUUGAUGGAAGGAUCAACGGGGCCGAUCAAUUCAUUACGGCCGAUGUGGCGCAAUUCUCCAGUGCGCUCGCGGCGCUGUAUUCGAACAUCUCCAAGCCGGUGUUGGACAUGAUCGUCUUCAACUUCCAGCUCGCGUCCAACUUGGGUUGGAAGGGACAAUUUGCCUUGUUUGCCAACUACAUUGUCACAGGAUGGAUCCUCCGCAAGGCCACCCCAGCCUUUGGCAAACUCGCAGCCCUGGAAGCCAAGCUCGAAGGAGACUUCCGUGCAGCGCACUCUCGCCUGAUCAUCAACGCAGAGGAGAUCAGCUUCUACGGCGGUGCCAAGACCGAAGCUGGCAUCCUCAAUCGAGCCUUCCUCCGCUUGGUCAAACACAUCAGCUCCAUCCUCAAGAUCCGCAUCGCAUUCAACAUGUGCGAGGACUUUGUUCUCAAGUAUGCCUGGAGUGCUGCGGGAUAUGUCAUCAUUGCUUCUCCCUUCCUCUUCGGACUCAAGCCGCAGCAGGCUCAGGCCGUGUCAAGCAAGACCGCCGAAGCUGGCGCAGAGGGCUCGACCGGCUCGCACGAAGGCGUCGCCCGCAAGACGGAGUCGUACAUCUCGAAUCGUCGCCUCCUCCUCUCCCUUGCAGACGCAGGUUCGCGCCUCAUGUACAGCUAUAAGGAGCUCGCCGAGCUUUCCGGGUACACGAAUCGCGUCUACACCCUGAUCUCUACGCUGCACCUCCUCAACAAGGAUCGCUACGAGGCCAUAGACCGUCCGUCGGACCUUGCACGUGAUCAGCCCUUCUACGACAUGGGUAAUGUAAAGGGCAAGGUCAUUGAGGCGAGCAGCUCUGCGUCCGGGGCUAAGUUGCUUGACUUUGAGAAAGUACCCAUCGUCGCACCCGCGCCAGGCUCCGCCAGGGGAGGCGAAGAGCUGGUGCGCGACUUUACCCUCGCAAUGCAGCCUGGAGAUCAUAUACUCCUCACUGGAGCGAACGGCGUAGGCAAGUCAGCCGUAGCGCGCGUCAUUGCUGGUCUCUGGCCUGUAUGGUCGGGCAGCAUGCGCAAGCCUACCGAGAAGGACAUCUUCUUCCUUCCUCAACGCCCUUACCUCUCUGCAGGUUCAUUGAGGGAGCAGGUCAUCUAUCCUACCACUUACCCUCAGUGGCGGGCUCAGGGAGGCACGGAUGAGAAGUUGAUGUCUAUUUUGAAGGACGUCAACCUCGCGUAUCUCCCGAGUAGAGAGGGAGGCUUCGAGACGAGGAAGGAGUGGAAGGAUGUCCUUUCUGGAGGGGAGAAGCAAAGAAGUGAGUGCGAGAGGCCUGUCUUGUUCUGCAGAACCAAAGCUGACCUUUUUCCUUGCCUCUUGAUGCCCACAGUCAAUUUCGCUCGUCUCCUCUUCCAUGGCCCCUCCCUCGGAGUGCUAGACGAGUGCACAUCAGCCGUAUCAGUAGAUGUAGAAGGUGGAAUGUACGCCACGGCCAAAGCUGCCGGUAUCUCCCUCCUCACCAUCUCUACUCGCCUCACCCUUCUCAAGCACCAUACCGUCCUCGUCCGAAUCGAUGCCGGCGGGUACGAUGUUGAGGUUAUCAAGGACGGAGGCGCGGGAGCCAUACCGAAGGGAUUGGAGGAGGAGAGGAAGGAGCUCAAGAAGAAGUUGGGCGAGGAGGAGGGAUGGAGGAAGAGGUUGGAGGAGGUCAAGGGGGAAUUGAGCGCGAUGGCAUGAGGUGCGUUUCGAGUUUCUCUCCUAAUCCUGUUCGAGCAGCAGCAGGCAGCGGCUUGCAAUACCAUUCGUUCGCACUCGCACUGCUUUCAUCGUGCUUUGUUCGCUUGCAGCAAAGGGCACCCUCUCACCCCGGGUCUUCAAUCGCACACU